AUGCAAGCUGGUGGACCAUCUCGGCUAGCAACUCGGACUGUGCCGGGUUUUCGCUCGGCUUCGACCUCUGUGCCGGCCUUUCCUCCGAUGAAGUUCAUGGCGACCUCGAAUAUGAUCUUUUCCGUCCCCGGUAUUGCUAGGGUUUCGGUAAAGAUCCGCCUCUCUUCGUCUUUGGACGCCAAUCGUCAUGGUGUAGAUGGUUAG